AUGAAACACACUGAAGAUUCUGAAGAACAAACAAAGUUGAUUGAAGGAAAUGAGGAGAGUGAAGAAUUGAGAGAAGUUGAGGAGAAAAAUCAUGUCAAAACCAGAGAAAAAUCUUUGAGUCGCUCUCAAACCAAACAGAAAAAAUUAAAAGAAAGAAGAGCCAAGAAAUCUCUCACCUGCACUCAGUGUGGAAAGAGUUUGACAAGCAAAUAUAGUCUUGAUGUUCACAUGAGAGUUCAUACUGGAGAGAAACCGUUCACUUGUGAUCAAUGUGGAAAGUUUUUCACACAUUCAGCAAGCCUUAAGAAUCACAUGAACAUUCACACUAGAGAGAAGCUGUACACAUGUGAUCAAUGUGGCAAAACAUUUUUGAGGGCAUCAUACCUGAUGAAACACCUGAGAGUUCAUACAAAGGAGAAGCCGCAUUCAUGUUAUUUGUGUGGAAAGAGUUUUUCAUGUCUACAAAGUUUGAAAGUACAUCAGAAAACACACACUGGUGUGAGAGAGUACAUGUGCUUUGAGUGUGAAAAGACUUUUACUUCAGCAAACUGUUUAAAACUGCAUGAGAGGAUUCACACUGGAGAGAAACCUUAUAUGUGUUCACAAUGUGACAAGAGAUUCAGUGAAUCAGGAAUCCUGAAAAGACACGAGAGGAUCCACACUGGAGAGAAACCGUACAAGUGUUCACACUGUGACAAGAGAUUCAGUCGGUCAGGAAAUCUGAAAAGACACGAGAGGAUCCACACUGGAGAAAAACCGUAUCACUGCACUGCAUGUGGAAAGUGUUUCAGUCGUUCAUCUUCUCUACACAGACAUACAAAAAGCAAUCACAGUAAGUAGAUCAUCUUCAGAUCAGCACUUUCAGGUCUAAUGCUGCGUCCUCAUCAAAUGAGACACAAUAAUGCAUUAAACAAUAAAAUAUAAUCUGGAUAAAUCUGUCCUAACCAGUCAUUACAAGCGACAUGACAAAUAAACAUUAUCUAAAGUUUCACAGUGAAUAAAGUUCAUCUUCAUCUUCAAAACCAGCAGAUUCAAC